UUCUUUAAGCACGGUGCCGGCGUGAAAGUGUUCAGUGUCAAGAGAAAAGGGGACCGGUCGUGUUGUGCUGCAGCUGCUUGUCAAGGGAUUAGUAUCUAAAACAGAGUUUUGAAAAUGGCUUGCACUGUCACUUGUAUUGCCCCAGUGAAUAUAGCUGUCAUCAAAUAUUGGGGAAAGAAAGAUGAAAAGCUCAUUAUUCCGUUAAACGAUUCAUUAAGUGGUACCCUGUCAAUGGAGCAGAUGCAUGCAAAAACCACAAUAAUGGCUAGUCCAAAUUUUACAAAGAACUGCAUGUGGCUAAAUGGAAAAGAGGAAUCUUUUGGCGGCAAUGCAAGAUUGCUUUCCUGUUUAAAAGAAAUUCAGAAAAGAGCUCAAGAAGAUGGUACCAGCAAGGAGAUCCUAAAAUGGAAUAUUCACGUAUGCUCCGAGAACAACUUCCCUACAGCUGCUGGCCUUGCAUCGUCUGCUGCUGGCUAUGCAUGCUUUGUGUAUGCAUUAGCAAAAUUGUACAAAGUGAAAGGUGAUGUAUCACAAAUAGCUCGUCAAGGCUCUGGUAGUGCAUGCCGCAGCUUAGAAGGAGGAUUUGUUCGGUGGCACAUGGGAAAUGCCUCUAAUGGCUCAGAUUCUCUUGCAACACAGGUUGUGCCAGCCUCACACUGGCCAGAAAUGCAUGUCAUCAUUCUUGUUGUAAAUGACAAAAAGAAGAAAGUUAGCAGCACGUCAGGUAUGCAGCGUUCUGUAGAAACAAGUGAGCUUUUGAAACACAGAGUUGCUCAUUGUGUUCCUCAACGCAUUGCUGCUAUUGAAAAGGCGAUUCACAACAGGGACUUCCCCACUUUUGCUGAGAUUACAAUGAAAGAUAGUAAUCAAUUCCAUGCAGUUGCUUUGGAUACCUAUCCCCCAGCUGUAUACAUGAACGAUGUGUCUCAUGCUAUCGUAGAUUUAAUUCACUGCUUCAACCAAGUGAAAGGAUGUACUAAGGUGGCAUACACAUUUGAUGCUGGCCCCAAUGCCUGUUUGUAUCUGUUGGAAUCAGCUGUAGCUGAAACUAUGGCUUUAGUUGAUUACUUUUUCCCAUCAAAUAAUUCUGGGAAUACUGUGCAAGGGCUUCCAGUUCCUCCAUGCAAUGCCAAGGAAACAGUCCAGGCUAUUGAAGCUGUAGGCAUGCAAAAGCAGGAUGAUGGUUUGCUGAAGUAUGUCAUCCACACUCGAAUUGGUGAAGGAGCAAAGGAGUUAACAGAUAGUGGCACUCACUUGCUUUCAGCAAGUGGCCUUCCAUUGCGAUUAGCAUAAUACCAUUUAUAACAAAUCAAAAUUAAUUUAUAAAAUAGACUUUAAGGUGAUGGACUGAAAUCUGUAGUGGUGAAGGCUUAGUGUAAUACUCAUUACUUUCACCUCAAAUUUAGAUUUUUAAAAGUAUAUUUUAAUUACCCAUUGUUUUCAAUAUUUUCAUUGGAUCUGAUAGGACCUAACAGUUGAUCUGUUAGUCAAUUCUAAAAUGUUUGAGUUUGAUAAUAGUAAGGUAAAAUAUGUUUGACUGAAACACCAGAACUUUAUGUAAGAUUAAAAUGUUUAUUUACAUGAAA